AUGGUGAAGAAGCGCAAGCGUUCCGGCGACAAGGCAUCGGGAGGCCCCGGUGACAAGCCCGGCAAGGCCAAGGGCUCGGCCAAGGGCAAGGGCCAGAACAAGCCCGCCGCCAAGGGCAAGGCCGCCAAGGGCAAGGCCGCAAAGGGCAAGGCCGCAAAGGGCAAGGCCGCAAAGGGCAAGGCCGCCUGGGCUGAAAUGGUGAAGAAGCGCAAGCGUUCCGGCGACAAGGCAUCGGGAGGCCCCGGUGACAAGCCCGGCAAGGCCAAGGGCUCGGCCAAGGGCAAGGGCCAGAACAAGCCCGCCGCCAAGGGCAAGGCCGCCAAGGGCAAGGCCGCCAAGGGCAAGGCCGCCAAGGGCAAGGCUGCCAAGGACCCCAAGGGCCCCAAGGGUCCCAAGGGCCGUAAGGGCCGUAAGGGCGCAAGCAAGCGCAAGCGGUCGGGCGCCAGCUCGAUCUCGUCAGAGGAGGAGGAGCCUGCCGAGGACGACGAGUCGGCCGCGUUUGCACAGUGGAAGAUGACGACGGGGACUGAGAUUGAUGACGACGGCGAGGUGUCUGGCGAGCUGGCUAGCGGCUCGGGCUCGGGCUCGGGCUCUGACGACAUGGUCCACGAGGGCGGCGAGGAGGACUUCCUGGAGGGCAUGACCGGCGGUGUGCUUGGCGACGAGGAGGAGGACGUGCCGCGGUUUGCCAAGACCGGUGCGAUUGCGGCGCCGCUCUCUGCGCUCAAGCCGGGUGGCGACAUGUUCUUGCGGGCGCUGCGCGAGCGCACGCGGGCCGGCUACCGGUCUGCGCUCGACUACGGCGCGCCUGUGGAGACGUACGCCAGCGAGAAGCAGCUGAACUUUUUGAGCAAGCGCGACAAGUCGUCGGCAGGCAUUGUGGCGGAGAGCUCAGACGACGAGUCGGACGACGACAUGCACUCGCGCAACACGCUCGGCAAGAUCCCGCUCGAGUGGUACGACGAGUACGACCACCUCGGGUACGAUCUCGACGGCAAGCCGAUUGCCAAGACCGGCUCGGGCAUGGACACCAUCGACGACUACAUUGCACGGACCGACGAUCCCGAGUACUGGCGCCGUGUGUACGACGAUGCCACCCAGCAGAACAUCACGCUGAGCGUGAAGGAGAUGGAGAUGCUGCGCAGGAUGCAGAAGGGCCAGUUCGGCGACAUGUCGUUUGACCCGUACGAGGACUGGGAGCCGUUCUUCUCGCGCCACAAGAUGAUGCACCCGGUCUACAACAAGAUGCCCAACAAGGCCGCCUUUGUGCCUUCCAAGUGGGAGGCGCGCAAGGUCGCCAAGAUGGUCCGCAAGAUCCGCUCUGGCCGGGUCAAGCCCAAGAACGAGGUCAAGGCGCCCGAGGUCUUUGACGCCUGGGCCGACGAGGAUGCCAACCAGUCCCUGCGGACGCUCAACCAGCUCUCGGCGCCCAAGAUGCAGCUGCCCACCAACGCCGAGUCAUACAACCCGCCGGCCGAGUACGUGUUUGACGAGGAGGGCAAGGCCUCGUCAAAGGCCAUGCCGCACGGCAUGCGCUCGCUCAAGCCGCAAAAGUACAGCGCACUUCGCCACGUGCCGGCGUACAAGGACUUUUACCGCGAGCGCUACGAGCGCUGCCUCGAUCUCACCUUCUGCCCGCGCUCGCGCAAGGUCAACAGCCGCGUCCGUAUCGCCAAGCUCCUGCCCAAGGUUCCGGACCCGCGCGAGCUCCGCCCGUUCCCCACCCGCCUCUCGCUCACCUUCCGCGGCCACACCUCGAAGGUCCGCUCCAUCUCGGUCCACCCGUCCGGCCAGUACCUGCUCUCUGGCUCCAACGACGGCUCGGUUCGCCUCUGGGAGGUCGCCACCGGCCGCUGCCUUCGCAAGUGGUCGUUUGCCGGCGAGACCGUCGUGUACUGCGUCGAGUGGUCGCCCGCCGCCGCAACCCGCGCUUGCCUCGCCGCCGUCACCACCGGCUCGGCCAUCUACAUCAUCGCCCCGCUUGACAUUGCCUCGCCCGCCCUCCGCGCCGACACCAUGGCCAUGCUCUCGAGCGGCCUCGCCGACCUCGAGGUCGAGGGCACGUUUGAGCAUACCAAGCGUCCGAAGCGCAAGUCUGCGCGCGACUCGGAUGACGAGUCGGACAACGACGACGACGACGCCUCGACGGCCUCGUCGUCGGUCUCGGGCGAAGACGCCCCGCUCGACGAUGACGACGUCGGCGCGUCCGGCAAGGGCCCGGCUGCAGACGCCGAUCUCAAGCCGGUCCGCGACCAGGAUGCACACCAGGUGCCCAAGGCCGGCCACGACCGCCUUAAGACCGCCCGCUGGGAGCAGACUUCGGCCCGCAAGGUCAAGCAGGGCGUCUUCCUCCGCAUUGCCAUGCCGUCGCCCGUUCUCUCGCUCGCCUGGCACGCCAAGGGCGACUAUCUCGCCUCGGUCUCGCCCAAGGCCGCGGGCCGCAAUGCCGUCUUUAUCCACCAAGUCUCGAGCAAGCGCUCGCUGACUCCGUUUGCCGGCCGCGGCGGCUUUGUCCAGCGCAUCCGCUGGCACCCGUCCAAGCCGCUCCUGUUUGUGGCCACCCACUCCGAGAUCCGCGUUUACAACCUCACCCAGCAGAAGCUCAUCCGCCGCCUCAAGGUCACUGGCUCGUACAUCUCCGACAUGGUCAUCCACCCCGGCGGCGACAAUGUCCUCGUCGGCUCCUUCGACAAGUUUGCCAUGUGGUACGACCUCGACUACUCGUCGCGUCCGUACAAGACCUUCAAGUACCACAAGCUCGCCGUCCGCUCCGUCGCCUACUCGCCGCGCUACCCGCUCUUCGCCACCUGCUCCGACGACAACACCAUCCAGGUCUUCCAUGGCCGCGUCUACGCCGACAUGCUCUCCUCACCGCUCAUUGUCCCCGUCAAGAUCCUCGCCGGCCACAAGGUCGUCGACUCUAUCGGUGUCAUCGACAUCACCUUCCACCCUACCCAGCCCUGGAUCUUCUCCGCGGGUGCCGACGGCCUCAUCAACCUGUUCACCUAGAUUGCCCCGGCCUUUGAUCAAACCCACCAAAACGCCCAAUCGCCGCCGCCCCAGUCUGCAAAACGCACCCACAGCUCCCA